AACACAUCAUUAUCAAAGGAUCAAGACAGCAGAUCCCCACGCGCCUUCUCUCUCCUUAACUUGAGCUUAGAGGAAACAGUCCCAGGUAAGGUAACUCACUCAAAUGCCGUCGGUGAUCCAGCGUCCGGCAACAUCGACGGCGUCUGGAGGAUCUCGGCGAGACACCAGCCCCGCCGAGUCUUUGGUUUUCACACCGGAAUCAAAUCUCAGCCUCUUUUCCUCCGCCUCCGCCAGCGUCGAUCGCUGCUCUUCUACCUCCGACGCUCAGGACCGCGACUCUCUCAACUCCGCUCCCUCCCUGGAGCGAGAUCAACGGGUAAGGUCAAGCAGUAAAGAUGUAGAUCCAGACAAGCGGUGGAAGAAUAGUCGCAUCUCUAGAAAAUCAAACAAAGUUAAAGCUUGGAAAGAAGAGUUUGUAGUGAAUAAAGAAGAUGAGAUCCAAAAUCUUGAUUCAGCUAGGAGCUCUUUCUCUCUAGCUCUUAGAGAGUGCCAGGAAAGAAAAUCAAGAUCUGAAGCACUGGCGAAAAAGCUAGACUUCCAAAGAACCACAUCACUGGAUCUCACUAGUAAUGUAACCUCUUUGUCUCCUCGAGUGGUAACUGUUAAGAGAGCUUCGGUUUCGAGUAAUAAAUCAAGCGUCUUCCCUAGUCCUGGAACUCCCCCAACUUAUCGGCAUAGUAUGCAAAAAGGUUGGAGCUCAGAGAGAGUAGCAUUACGUUCAAAGAACGGUGGGAGAAGUCCUCCAAGUGCUGCUUUUAUGCCUCUGUAUAGUGGUGGUAGGACAGUUCCUUCCAAGUGGGAAGAUGCAGAGAGAUGGGUACUUAGUCCUCUCGAUAGAGAAGGACCCGCACGAACGGCACCACAUGAAAGAAAGCCUAAAUCAAAGAGUGGUCCGUUAGGCCCUCCUGGACUCGCGUAUUAUUCCUUGUACUCUCCUGCUCUUCCGCUGGUUCAUGGUGGUGGAAACAGGGGCUGUUUAACAGCAAGCUCUCCAUUUUCAACUGGUGUGUUGCCACCAGCAAAUGGAGGUUUCACUGCGUCGGCAUUUCCUCAGCCUCAAAGAACCGAUCAUUGCAUGGCUAGAUCAGUUAGCAUUCAUGGCUGCUCUGAAACUCAAGGUAAUAUACAUGAGAGUAGUAUUAAGGAUGCUGGAGCUGUGUCAAGAAGAGAUGUGGCGACACAGAUGAGCCCAGAGGGAAGCAUCCGGUUAUCCCCUGAGAGACAGUGUUCGGUAUCUCCCUCCUUUCCAUCAGCACGAUCUAUUGUGGAACUACUUAGUGCUCGUUCCAACCGAGCCGAGGUUGAUGGGAAGGCAACUGUAACUCGCUGGUCAAAGAGCCACAGAGCUAGCUCAAACAUGCGAGACCAAUUACAUGGACAAGCUAGGGAUCCUCAAGGCUUGACAUGGGCGAAGACCGAGGAAGCCAGAAUCAUAGCCUGGGAAAAUUUGCAGAGGGCUAAGGCCGAGGCAGAAAUAAGGAAGCUCGAGAUGAAGUUGGAAAAGAAAAGAAGAACAUCAAUGGUAAAAAUAAUGAGAAAAGUAAAAUCAGCAGAGAAGAAAGCGGAGGAGAUGAGGAGCUCGGUGAUGAACAACGGGGUUCCAAGUGCAUCCCAUGGCAAGGCUUCAUCUUUCAGAAGAAGUGGGAAGAUGAAGAAGAUAGCCUCGCUUUGUGGUUGCUUCACAUGUAGUUGUUCCCCAUUUUUUUCUCCAAGAAAAUACGGUAAAAAUUAACCAAGUCUUUCUCUAUUUUGUUUCCUCAUUCGUGUUGUUUGUAUACGCUUAUAGUUCUAGCUGUUGAUUCUCGAUAUAUAAGCGCUUUACAAUGUGUAGUUAGACGUUGCUCCUAUAUAUGAGUCAAAAUCCGAGGGAUGAGUCUACCCCUUUCCACCUUUUGUGGUUCCCUUUGGGAUGUUAAGAGGUGGAAUGAUCCCUUGAGAGGACCUAAUCGCUUACUUACUGAUCUCAUUUACAUCAUUGUUUGAUCAUAUGUUAAUCCGGUUUGGUUCUUGGUUCGACAAGAAAAUACUGUAUGUGAAAAAGAAAAUAAAAUCCAAAUGCCUAUCUGGUCUUUGAGGAUGGUAAAAAUCCGGUUUAGUUCGACAAGAAAAUACAAAUGCCUAUCUGGUCUUGGAGGAUGGUCAAAAUCCGGUUUGGUUCUUGGUUAGACAAGAACAUAAAAUCAAAAAGUGUAUAUGAGCUUCGGAUUCCGGCAAUGUUUCUCUUCUCUGAGUUAUUGGGAAGUGCGAGUUUGACAUUCCAUAGAUAAAAGUGAAAAAGAUGGAGACAACAAGUUAAAAGGAAACAUUUAAAUGUUUGAUGAUUCGACAUUUUCAGUGUCAUCAUCUUCAUAUUACAAUAGAGGGGGCUUCUCUUGGUCGUUGCAUCAAGCCUUGUCGUCAUGGAACCACCACCUCGUCUCCUUAGGGGACCUCCCGUUCUUACAAUUCUUGACGUAACGAUCAUUAUCUGCGGGGCGUUCCUGCAAUAAUAACAUAUGUGUUUGUUUGUGACUGAGCUCAUACUUCACAGUUCAUGUAGAUUAGGAAAUAAAAAAGAAGGAAGCAGGAACCUUUGCAGGUGAACUUGAUAGCAUGGAGAGAAUGCUGAUGCAGACCGAACUCACAGUCAUUGCUGGUGACCACGAGUCAUAUAGAAUAUC